UUUUUUUUUUUAUUUGUUCUGAAUAAUUUUUUAGAUUCUGAAAAUAUGGUCGAUAAUGAAGAUGGUUUUAGCUUUCGAAAACUAUGGGCCUUCACUGGACCAGGAUUUUUAAUGAGUAUCGCCUAUUUGGAUCCAGGAAAUAUUGAAAGUGAUCUUCAGUCAGGAUCUCAUGCAGCAUAUAAGUUAUUAUGGGUAUUGCUAUGUGCUCAUAUAAUUGGAUUUUUGCUUCAGCGACUGUCUUCACGUUUGGGUGUUGUUAGUGGUCACCAUAUGGCUGAAAUAGCUUAUUAUUAUUAUCCAAAAGUACCUCGAUAUAUAUUAUGGAUUAUGAUCGAGAUAGCUAUAAUUGGUAGUGAUAUGCAAGAAGUUAUUGGUACAUCUAUCGCAUUUUUCCUUUUAUCAAACGGAUUCAUACCAUUGUACUUGGGAGUAUUAAUAACGACACUUGAUACUUUAUUAUUUCUGUUUCUCGAUGUUUAUGGAUUUCGCAAACUUGAAGGAUUAUUUGCGUUUCUUAUUACGACAAUGGCUUUCACUUUCGGAUAUGAAUAUGUAAUUGUGAAACCGAAUCAGUUUGACGUUAUAAAAGGUAUGUUUGUACCGUUUUGUGAAGGCUGUGGUCGAGAAGAAUUUUUGCAGGCAGUCGGUAUUAUUGGUGCUGUUAUUAUGCCACAUAAUUUAUAUUUGCAUUCAGCGCUCGUUAAGAGUAGAAAUGUCGAUCGAAAAAAAACGAAAGAUGUGAAGGAAGCAAAUUUUUAUUUUUUCAUAGAAUCCGGUGUUGCAUUAAUUUGCAGCUUUUUUGUUAAUUUAUUUGUUGUUGCCGUUUUUGCGCAUGGAUUUUUCCAAAAGACCAAUUAUGAUGUGCGUGGCGAUUGUGAUAAACGUGGAAAUAUUCCUGAUCCGGAAUCUUUUCCAUACAAUAAUGAAACUGCUGAAUCGGAUAUUUAUAAAGGUGGAAUUUUCCUGGGAUGUGAAUUUGGAUUGGCUGCAAUGUAUGUUUGGGCGGUAGGGAUAUGGGCUGCAGGUCAAAGUUCUACUAUGACGGGUACAUAUGCUGGUCAGUUUGUUAUGGAGGUUAUUUUGGUUACAAGAGCGAUCGCAAUAGUACCAACGAUGUUUGUUGCUUUAACGCUAAAUGGUGUCAGAGAUCUAACGGGUAUGAAUGAUUUUCUAAACUGUGUCCAAAUGAUACAGUUACCAUUUGCCCUUAUACCAAUAAUAACUUUUACAUCAAGUAAACGAGUCAUGCAUGGUUUUAAAAAUUCAAGUUCAUUCCAGAUAUUUUCUUUCGUAAUAUCACUAAUUGUUAUUAUGAUAAAUUUAUAUUUCUUUUAUGAUUAUGUGAUUAGUCGUCUUGGAUCGAAGUGGUAUAUUCUUUGUGCAUUGUCACUACCAACAAUUAUUUAUAUGAUAUUUGUCCUAUAUUUGGUAUUUUUCAUUUGCUUUUAUUUUAAAAAUUCAAUAAAGUUUAGAAUCUUUCUUUUUAAAAAUAAAACUUAUUUGGAGAAUAUCAUUUUAAAUAUUUGUCCAUGUCGACAUGUUGAUAAGAAUCUUCUGGUCCUUGUAUUUCAUUUUUUCAUAUCAUUUUUUUUUUGA